GGCUUAUUCUGCGGUUUCGAAAUAGGUAACAGGCCCAUUUCAACAGUCCCUAUGGGAGGAGCUUUAUAAGCGACAAAGGCGUUCUUGCUGAAAGUGAAUAGUGUCACUGACAGUACUUCUGAAUACCCGUGUUUAUCAGAAAGCGGAUACUUUUUACUUUUAAAUAGCUUGAACAUUAAAAAUGACCAGACCUCGGCCCAGACUAUGCGUGUUAGAAAAAGGAUCAGACGGCUACGGUUUCCAUCUUCAUGGGGAGAAGGGCAAGUCGGGGCAGUUCAUUCGCCUCGUAGAACCGGACUCGCCGGCCGAAGCGUCGGGUCUUCGCGCAGGGGACCGGCUGGUGUUCGUCAACGGGGAGUGUGUGGAAGGGGACAGCCACCAGCAGGUCGUAUCGCGCAUACGAGCCACCGUGGGAAAGCUGGAACUCAUCGUUGUGGACCAGGAGACGGAGGAUGUGCUGAUGGAACACAACUUGAAGUGCAUGAAGGAGUAUGUUACGGAAGGCAUCCCCAUUCCGAGCGAUGCAGCCGCAAACGACGGCGGGGUAGAGGAGGGUGACAUCGCCGCGGAACCUGCACCCACCCCGGCGCCGGAGGAGAACGGCGCAUUCUUUCUGGAAAAGAAACUCAGCAUCAGCUCUGAUAAGGAGACCCAACAGGAGCUCCGACCUCGACUCUGUGUCAUCGAGAAGGGGGCCACGGGCUACGGUUUCAACCUGCACAGCGAGAGGUCCAAGCCGGGCCAGUACAUCAGGGCCGUGGAUGACGACUCGCCCGCUCAGAGGUCUGGCCUUCGACCCAAGGACAGGAUUGUUCAGGUCAACGGCGACCCCGUGAAUGGGAAGCAGCAUGGCGACGUGGUGGAAGCCAUCAGAUCCGGCGGCGAGAAUACAGCGCUGCUCGUGGUGGACCCAGAGACGGAUGCCUUCUUCAAGAGGUGCCAGGUGACCCCUACAGAGGAACACCUCACAGGCCCUUUGCCCGAACCCAUUGCCAAUGGAGAUUUGGAGAACAAGAUCAACAACGACGAGACCGAAGACGCGAAUUCGGACGAGGUCAAGGUACCCGUCAGCCCCACCCUCUCCAGCUCCUCAUCCGAAGCCUCUCUCACAGCCCCACCCGCCACUCCGCCCCCAGAGGCUACGGAGCCCCCCUCCGAGGAGGCGGAACUGAGCGCAGGCAAGUCCCUACAACUGGCCCGGGAGCGAGCGCAUCAGAAGCGCAGGAAGGCGCCCCCUAUGGACUGGAGCAAGAAGCACGAGCUGUUUCACAAUCUGUAGAACCACCCCCCCACACAGACACAUACACCCACAUACAAACAUGCUGGACAGAUGACCUUUACUUUUAUUUACAACUGUGGGUUUGUCUUUUAUUCAGACCAACUCAUCACUCAAAUUUAGGGACAGCUGCUCUGGAUUAAGUUUCAUACAGAACUUCUGAGAAGCAUUACAAUAAAUACAAUUAACUAUAUUCCGUACACAUGCCCCCACUAUCUUCCACCCCCUUACCCUGGGGUUUCAAUAUAGGGCUUGGGGGGGGCAUAUUUUAUAAUGGGGGACCACCACCCCCACCCCCACAGCAAUUUUUUUUGCUAGAAUUUAAAAAUGCUGUCAUAUUACCAUAAUACGCCCCCCGAAGGACAUUACAGGUUUAUUUGAACCGUCUUCUUGCAUCUAUCAUUCGAUGUAUAAAUUGAACAUAAGUCAGAGGAAACUGAAGCAGGAUGUGGUCAGACAGAGUGGGGGGUGACGAGCAAAGCAGCCUGUUUCACUGCUGCUGAUCAGGGCUUAGUAGUGUGUCUGCAUGCCUGUGCAUCAGGCUUCUAACAUACAUGGGGGAACCCAAUGGACAGAUAGAGUGAGUGUGACAGAGUGUGUAUUUGUGGGUUUAAGUAAAUGUGCCUUAUUGUGGUAAGACCAAUCUCUCCUGUGCAAAGAAACAUGUUAUUAUUUGAUUGAGUCAAAUGGCAGAUGAUGUGUGUGUGUGUGUGUGUGUGUGUGUGUGUGUGUGUGUAUGAUUGGUGUGAACAUGUAACCUAUUACAAGCCAGGAGACACACACACACGCGUGGUAGACUGGGUUGUCUUGUGAUCCAGGCACCUGUAAUUUAAUUGUAAUUAAGGUUUUAAAAACUAUUAUUCUUUACCUUAUGUUUUACUGUUUUUGUUUUUUUGUGUUUUUUUGCUUUUUUUUGGUCCAUAUGAUUCCAUCCAAAACCAAACCCAUUCCCCCAUUGGUCCAUAUGAUUCCAUCCAAAACCAAACCCAUUCCCCCAUUGUGGCCGGAAUUAACUUUUGCCAUAUUAGCUGGUGCUUCCAGAAACCAAACCUGCUCCAGAUACUGAAUCUCCCCCACGAACCCUUCAUGUCAUUAUUGAUUUUAUUUAACAUCCGUUUCCCUUCUUUUGCCGCUUAUAUCUACGCGUCACAUGUCAUCUGUAGGACACAGGUGAGACUGCUCGCCAAAGCGCACCCCCCCACCCCCUUCAUUGUCAGGGAGAGGUUGAGCCACCAGUGACACACUCUCAACACGCCGCUUGUGUGCUCUUCCAUGGAAUGGGCUGCUUUUAUAAAAUAAAAAUACUGUUUUUGCA